AGUGGCUGCUUAUCGAUAAGCUGCACCCCCUAGUGAAGACGGAUAUUUUUUUUCAUAAAGCCCCGGCCUCCCCGGAGCCCGAUUGACAGAGUUCUCUCCCCAGCUACUCCAAAAAUCUUUCACCACGGCCUCGCCGUGUAGUUGUCCUGACUCAGUUUCAUCAUAAGUAUCCCGCACCGGGAAAAAGCUUUUUUUUGCUGUUGUGUAUGAUUCAUUAGGACCACCCAACGAAGUACUGACUGACCAAUCUUCUUUUUUCGGUGAAAUAAAUAACCGGCCCGUGGUCUUCUACUUUUACGGAACGUCCACCGCUGCCGAUAGACAACGAAACAGAGUUAUACUAAAAUACGCUCAAGAAUAUCAGUUGACGAGGUAGUUGACAAGACACUAUUAUAAUUUGAGCGACGGCAGUACGUUGCGCCAGAAGUACUGAUUUAUUACCGAGACCAUUCUGUAUCUCAUUCUCACUUUCGGUUGCAACAAAUUCUAUCUUGCUCAUUUGAUAGGACGAGGUGACAGUAGACAUCGGUACAGCACGACGAGCUGGAAGUAAGUUUACUUCAGUACAGAUCCUCUCUACAACUACGACAAAAAGAUGGCGCCUUCCGCUCCCAAGCGUCGCGUGCUCGUUAUCGGCGGCGGGUUAUCAAAAGGACAAAUCCCCCCUCCCCAUAUCAAAACGAAGUUUCUGAUGCUGGAUUUGCGUCCACAAAUCAGCUUUGUCUUGCUAGAGAGGACUGCAGGCCUAUGCUGAGCCUGAGUAGGGAGGUUUCGGGCUAGGCGCUGAGCAUGGCAAACGUCUAGGCUGUAGGGCCAGCAGCAUCACAAACCGCCUGCAGAAUGCGGCGGAGCGCUUGGAGUUACGUUCCUGCAAGACGGAGACGAUUUGUGGCCACAGAUCAGCAUUGCAAAUUUUCUGAGACGUACCUUUUCGAUAUGGGGAGGGGGGAUUUUUCAUUUUGAUACGGGUUUUCUGGCCUGCUCGUCGCCAGUAUGAGGGUGCACAACUACUGCCCCGCCUGCUCAUUUGUCAUGUAAAAAUGGGUUUUUACCAAAUCUUGUCAGAGUCGCUUGGCCAUUUUUGCAUGACAAGCUCUGGAAGAUCACAAUUCACUAAGUCUCGAGUUUGGAAGUAGAUUAUUUGCCAUGCAAAGACAGCACUUUCGAGAUUGUUUCUCUGUUGCUGGAACAAGUGUACUACAAAUGAGGGGGUGGACGAGAGGUUGUGCACUCUCAUAGCGCGGGACAUGGGAAAAAAAUACGAUGUCACGGUCGUGGAUGCCAAGGAAUUUUUUGAAUACACACCAGGUUCUUAUUUGAUUUAUGUCUACAACAUUUAUGUUGCAUAACCACGAAUCUCGUUCUGAAGGUAAAUUCUCAUUACAAAUUCCAUUUCUCAUGCUCCGGGAAUUUGUCAUGCACGGCGAAAACACAAUAAGAAUAACGCAAAACCUGUCAAUUAUAGGUAUCCUGCGUGCCUACGUGAAGCCGUGCCAUUUGGACGCGUUGACCUUUACGCUGCAAGAUGUGGUCGAACACAAGAUGGGGUGCAAAUUCAUCUGGGGUGAAGUCCUUUCCCUGAACGGCUCAAGUUUGACCGCUAUCGCAAGAAAAAACUGUUUCACUGUGAACUUGUGAUGCAGAAAAUGAAGCACCAAAGUGUCUUUCUUGCUACACCUGCAUAGAACAUUGGAGUUUUGUCAACCGUGUAGUUAUUUUUGCCGAUGCGAAGUGCACGCAUGGCAAAUAUAAUUCUGUGUCAUGUGUAUUAACAAACUUGUAAUGCAGAUCUUGCAAAAUCAUCACAGUGAAACAGUUUUUUUUGUGGGAUAACCGCGACCGUACAGCCAAUGUGCACGGAGCCGGGGCAGACCGAGGAAUUGGGUUUCGAUUACUGCGUCAUCUGCAGUGGCUGCAACUUCAACUUUAUGCAAGAAAAAAACUGUGUGAGUGUAAGUCUGUGAUGCAGAACAAAGUGCAAAACUGUUUACACUCGUCAUGCUGGGUCUGCUUCAUAGGCUACUUUCACACGACGUGUUUCCACGUACUAGCUGCGCAUGACAGGUUUUUCCUGCUAUGCAAAGCGAAUUUGUAAUGCUAUUCUCGCUACAGAGUUACACUUACACUGUUUUUUUUCCUGGAUAAACUUCCUGCAUCCGCAGGGGGAGUCAUUGUGGUACGAUUGCGUGAUUGCCAAAAGUUCUCAGUUUGUGUUGCAAAAUCUCCAUUUUAACGACUUCUGGGUUCGUUUGUCUUAUGCAAAAAAGAGGAUUUCUACUUCGCGGCCACGCAAAAAUGCAACAGCUGAGAGGUUGUAACAUGCCAGACUAGCAUGACAAACUCCCCAAACUUACUUGUCAGGUUCCCCACCGUCCACGAGUGUGGUCGCGCUAACUCCAGCUGGAAGCAUAUCCAGAGUGAAAAUGCCCCAGAGUCAAGAUGAGAAUUUUGCAACACAAAUCCAGAAGCUUUGGCAUUCUCGCAUGACAAGUUUAGGCUUGCAGUGCAAAACUCGUGCUUAGCCAGCGCAGACGCAUCAGAAACGGGAACAACUCUGAUCCUAGUGCUAACACGACAAAUUAUUGUUCCAAAACACCGAGUACAAAUCGCUUCGUUUGCUGUUGCUGCGCAUGAGGAAUAUUUUAGGCUUGUAGGAUUGCAUGACAACUUCAACUUUGGGGUCGUGGGGACGUUUUUACACAGGAUAAAGCACAUCGACGAACGGUACCUGGAGGUAUCAAAUGCAAAAAUGUCAGGGUCUGGAAGAUUCUGAGACUUGUCAUGCACGUUUUGCAUGGGCCAUGAUGCGUGUGAUGCAUGCCCUAGCAUCACGGACUUUUUGAGGGCUUCGCGAUGCCUAUUCCGCAUGGCAAAUGCUCUGUCCGCGUGGCAGAUUACAUUCCCUUUGCUGCUCAUGCAAUACAGAUUUUUUCGGAGUCCAAAUGCAGCAUCACAAGUUGCAUUCUUCCAGACUCAGACGUAUUUGCAGUUGAUAGGAGGGUCGCCGCCGCCACAUCUUAGAGGAGCAUGCUAAAAUCGCGGAACUGAACAAGAUAUGCAGAUUGCAAAAGUACUUCUUAUCGCUCUACUAGUGCAGUAAAAUGCAUUUUACAAGAACACGAGCGAAUUUUCUCGGAAAGAAAAAUGGACUUUGUGGUGCUGGUUCGGUGAAGAAAGUAGAUUCGUCAUGUCGAAGACAUUGGAACAAGUACAAGUACGAUAAUUACAACUUUUGCAUUGCAUACGAAAAAGCAGCGACACUGCUGAUCUGCGGCGCCGGGUUUAUUGGUGUCGAGUGGGCGACGGAACUGCAGUAUGGGAUUUUUAUUUUGUUUCAAAGUUUUCUUUGGUCAUACAGGAUGGACUAGUGGCCGUAGGAGGUACUGCACUGCCCGGGAUUCUUCGUUACAGUAGUACCAUCUGCGACGUUCUUGCAGUAGACAUUGGAUUAUUUUCCACCGACAUUGAGAUGUACUACUACUAUCUCGCGCAGAAAAGGACCCAAUAAUCGUGGGAUAAAAAAAGAGCCAUCUGCUGUACAAACAACAGGUACUUCUUCCCUAAGCUGAAAAUCACCAUCAUCGAUUUCUUGCCCAAUUGUCUCGGCCCACUCCCAGUGAAAGCGCAGGAGUACUGCGACGCCUACAUGGCCAAAGUCGGAAUUAAGACAGUAUACGGUGUAAAGUACGAGCCAAAGUCGCAGGACUUCUGGAACAAGAUCGGCCUGCCAUCGGGCGCAGACGAGACCUACAUCUGCAUGGGGGUAUCAAAUGUAAAAAUGUCUGGGUCUGGAAGAAUUCACGUUUUUCAUCCUUGUCUGGCAUGACUCUUAAAUCUGUCGUGCACGUUACCCAAGAGCUCCGUUUUUCUGUGAGGCAGAAGCGCAGUUUGUCAUGCAGAAUAGGCAACACCUAGGAGCUCAGAAACUUGUCAUGCUGAGCCAGCAUUUGUAGCCUCAUCAUGAGGCGCCACCCAGCAUCACAAGUUUCCAGACCCAGACAUUUUUACUUUUGAUAGGGAGUGAAGGCGAGCAACUACUUCAUGCCAAAGGAAACCUUGUCGGAUAAGGGUAAGUACAGCAUACACUAGUACUAGGCCUUUUAUUCGUGAUGCAUGCUGCGCAUGACAAAACUUUUUGUGAUGCAUGCUGCGCAUAGGGAGAAGUCUGUGUACCCAUCAAAUAAACACAGGUCCGGGCGGCGGCGGCUGGAUCUACAUGAACAAGAAGCUGCAAGUAUCCAGUGGAAAAACGUCCCCACCGCAGGAGAGUUGUCAUGCUAUUCUUCACGCCUAAAAUGUUUCUCAUGCGCAGCCCUAUGUAUGAGGAGCAUUUUUUGAUGCCUCGCAUUUUCUGAUGCUGUUUUGGGAUAUGUCAUGCUCGAAUCAGGAUGAGGUAGACGAUUUCUGAUGCGAUUGCUCUAGCUAAACAGGACUACAACUACCCUACGAGCCCAAGCUUGUCAUGCGCGACAGCCAAAACUUGUAGAUUUGUGUAGCAAAAGGAAAAAUCCCCUUCUUGACUCUGGGGUGGAGACGUUUUUCCACAGGAUAGCAAGUAACCACGGCCUCCGGCGAAGUGUGGGGCAAGGGCGUCAUUUAUCCCACGAAGAAACUGUUUCACUGUGAACUUGUGAUGCAUGGAACAGAACACAAAGCUAUUUGUCUUGCUACACAUGCAAGACAUUAGGUUUUUAAGGGUGUUUUCCCUUGGGAAGUGCGCAUGGCAAAUUUUCUGUGCCAUGUGGAACAAAGUUGUGAUGCAGAUCUUGCAAAAUCAUCACAGGGAAACAGUUUUUUACUGCGAUAUCAUUUUCGCUGCGGGUGAUUGCAACUACGGCUGCGUGGGCAGCCCGAGCAACUGGGAGCUGCACCCCAUAUGACCCGCUCAAGCGUUACAAUCCCAAAGCGGUUACCAUAGACUCUGGAUUUUGUCUUGCAUGACGAGCAUGACAGAAUCGCAGAGCAUUCCACAUGCUGCAAUACAAAUUUCCACAGAUUCUAGUGCGGUUUGGUUUCUCCGAAACUUGUCAUGCGCAAUCCUGUGAGAGUAGGUUAGCUCAUGCACUUCUUGCAUCACAGAUUUCCAUAUUCUAUGGUAACCGAUUUGAGAUUGUAACGCUUGAGCAAGUUAUACCCUAUCCCGAAAAUCUCUUACCCGUCCGAGGAACAGGCGACGCAGAUUUGCAAACAGUAUAGAUAAUUUUUGUUGUAGUUUGUGAUGCAGAUUUCCAUUCGCAUGCGUUGACGUAUCUAUUUGAAUCGUUUGAAUGCGUUGUACUUACGUUGUGUGCAUGACUGAUUUAUGGUAGUAUUCGUUUUCCGCAUGACAAACCGCAGGAUCGGCAUCCUGGACAACGUCAAGUACGGGUCCGGGGGCUGCCUGGGCUGCUGCAUGCCGAAGCAGCUGAAGGACACGUGGUGGCCAUGGGGCGCGUAUCAAAUGCAAAUAUGUCUGGGUCUGGGAGAUUGCAAGACUUGUCAUGCAGGUUUUCCAUGACCCAUGAGGUCUGGAAUGCGAGACCGAGCAUGACAGAUUCUUCGAGGUCUCUAUCAUGCCUUACCUGCAUGAGAGACUCCGUCUCAACUUGGGCAAAAGCGGACAGCUUUUGGUAGUCACGCAACACAGAUUUUUGUGUCAUUCAGCCUCCAGAGCCAGACGUAGUUGCAAUGCAUAGCGCGGGUAUGUUCGCCACCAGUCUCGGUCCGCAUGACGCCUGCUUCGUGAUCGCCGCUAUGCAUUGCAAGUAUGUCUGGGUCUGGAAGAGUGCCAGACUUGUCAUGCAGGUUUUCCAUGACCCAUGAGGUCUGGUAUGUAGGACAUAGCAUGACAGUUUCUGUGAGAGCUCUAUCAUCCCUUAUCCUGCAGGAGAAACUGCCUCUCGAUUAGGUCAGAAGUGCACAGCUUAUGGUAAUCAUGCAACACAGAUUCUUACAUGAUUCAGAUUUAGCAUGACAAGUUGCUUUGUUCCAGACCCAGACAUUUUUGCAAUCCAUAGCCGCAAACCACAAGCCAAAGUCGGGCGUCAUGUGCGUGUGGGGCUGGCCGUGCGCGAUCCAGAAGGAGCUGAUUGAGACCACCAAGGUGGACGAGUGCCAGAUGGGUCUCAUCGGGUUGAUGAUCUGGCACUUUGUGCAUCACACCCCCAUCCACCUGUUCGGGGACGGACGGUUCAAGUAAAGGGGCGCGCCUAUGCAUUGCAAAAGUACUUCCAUCGCAGACUCGUAGCAAUUGCAGAUCAUGGCAUGACAGAUCCGGGUUUUUAUAGUACCUGAACCGGCAUGACAAGUUGCAUGUUCCACUUGCUGGACUGAAAUUUGCCAUGCAAUCUCUACUAGUUGUGCGGUUAUACUUUUGCAAGGCAUACCAGCAUCUGUGGUGAAUAACAAGAUCCUCUAAUACCGGAAUAAAAGCAAGCACCUAUUUUUCACUCAAUACUUUUAUACUUCUUCAACAGCAAACUUUUUGAAAGCAUCAAAGGUACAAGAACAACAAGACCCAAAGGCUCGAUUUGAUAAUUUCUUUUUUUUUUCACGACGACCCUUACAACUACAAGCAAGGGUAAGUAGUGGUCUGCUCCAGAAUUACGGAUUUCAAUCUGUCGACUUCUGAUGAAAGGAAUAACGGCGAAGUUAUCCGAUUUCGGAUAAGAAGGGUGCAGCUGCAUUGCCUUCAGACUGGAGCAAAACUAUCUACAAAUUUUUCCAUGAGUUUUACUUGACCGUAGAUGUUGAAAACAGAGUACAUUGUAAGGGUGCUCUGUUGGUGGUCCUUUCGACAGAAAAAUGAUAAGUACAGUCCACAACUCCAUCCUCGCUGUAUCAAAAUCUUCUUAACAACUCUGCAGGUCGUUUCGGCGCCCGGCUGAGUUAGUAAACCUUGUGGUUGCAUUUUUAAGGGCAUCGAACAAGAACCACAAGAAAAGAAGAAUCUUCAGGAUGAGUUGUGCAAAUUCUACUUUACCUCAUUUUCACAUAUAAAAGGGAAAAAGAAUCUAGUUUCGAUUGACAGUCACGAGGAAAAUAUAUUUCUAUUUCACCAUCACUUCCCCGACGUAGAAGAGCAUUUCUUGGCCUCUCCAUAAUUUCUUCCUACCUUACAACUUAUUCUCCCUCUACCGAUCAACAAAGUUAAAGGAACCAUGUCAAGAAACUUUGUGUAAACUUUAGAUCAUUAUACUGAAGAAGUCUAUUCUCAGUUUCACAAAUGACGACUAUGCUAUCGACCCCUUUGUCCUCCUGCCGAGAAGAAAUCUGUGAUCAUAAAUCGUGUCCACUAGCUUAAUAAAGGCGAUGCAAAAAUUUUCCGCCCUCUACGUCGGGCGAAGAACUACAGGAAAGAAAGAAAGUAUCAUUGGAUAGCGAGAGAGGAUGUCAGGAAUGGUGUCAACACUUCACUCGAGAUGGAUUAUACAAUGACCCUCCUGGACAGCUUUCUGGUCCAAUGUACUUAGAAGCCUACUUCAGUGCAGCAGGUGGACCUUGAU